AUCUUUUGUUCUCUCCUUUGGCCUAUAAGAAAUAGUUAUAAGUACGACUUUUGUAGUUGACGGAAUGUAUUAAGAAGCACACCGACCUUUUGAGUGGUUCAUAAGGAAAUAGGGAGGUGGUGAAUUUAGCUGUAGUUCAGUCUAUCAAAAAUGCAGGAUCCAAAUGAAGACACUGAAUGGAAUGACAUUCUCAGGAAAAAAGGAAUCCUUCCCCCCAAGGAAACGCCGAAAGAAGAUGAGGAGGAAGAGCAAAUCCUCCAGCAACAGUCAGUUGUAAAAACCUACGAAGAUAUGACCUUGGAAGAACUUGAGGAAAAUGAAGACGAGUUCAGCGAGGAGGACGAAACGGCCAUCGAGAUGUACAGACAGAAAAGACUUGCAGAAUGGAAAGCCAAUCAGAUGAAGAAUAUAUUUGGUGAGGUAAAAGAGAUAUCGGGACAAGACUAUGUACAGGAAGUGAACAAAGCAGGUCAAGGCAUCUGGGUAGUGCUACACCUCUACAAACAGGGAAUCCCCCUAUGCACACUGAUAAACCAGCACCUCUCAGUCCUGGCCGGGAAGUUUCCCCAGACGAAGUUCCUUAAGUCCAUCUCUACCACCUGCAUCCCCAACUACCCUGACAGGAAUCUGCCCACUGUCUUUGUCUACUUUGAGGGUGACAUGAAAGCACAGUUCAUCGGGCCGCUGGUGUUUGGUGGCAUGAAUUUAAAAGUUGAUGAGCUGGAGUGGAAUCUUUCAAAGGCUGGAGCUGUGAAGACAGAUUUGGAGGAGAACCCAAGGAAGCAGAUAGAAGACAAGCUCAUGUCGUCCAUCCGGUGCUCCCUGCCCACGAAAAAAGACAGCGAGUCUGAGGAUGAAGACUAGCAGCCUCUGAGGAUGAAGACUAGCAGCCUCUCAGGAUGAACUCGGAACAGCCCUCACUGGCGGGGAGACCAGCUUCCAAGUUUUGCCACUGAUGAAGUGGAACAAAUUGUUCAGUGACCAAGAGAUCUCUCUGGCGAGAGGCAGCAGCUCUCAAAAACCAUGGCGAACCAACAUCCUCAUGAUCAUGGUUCUUAUCCAGAGAGAAGCAGUUGGUAUCUGCCCAGCCUGUUGAGGAAAGUAGGGAAACUUGACUCGCCUUAUAAGAAGUUACACCAAUAUCCCACUUUUUUUUUUUUUUUUUUAUAUAACUACUACAGUUUGUUUUGGAAGCUGUUGUAUAAUUUUAAAGAAACAUCUUAGUAAGUUUCUAAUGUAUUAACGUUUUGUACAAUUACCUGUUAAAGUGAAUAUACUACUCUUCCAAAAGUUUUUUUUUUUUUUUGAAACAUCAAGCUUCAUGAUGCUUCUGACCUCAGAACAUCUUGCUUUUAUACCCCAUGCUCACCCUGUGCUAAGUUAUGGCCUGCAGGCCUUGGUGAGCUUGAUCAGCUCUGUAAUAUGUCACUGCUUCACAAAAUGGGCCAGUUGUGCAGAAGAACCUCCAUUUAAGCUCUGUCACUUUUCAACAUGCUUUUAUUUAGAUUAAUCAAAUGUGAGGGUGCAAUUCAGGUUCACCAUGGUUACUGCCUGACAUUCAACACUAUAGCUCCAUGUACCUCGUAUGCAUAAGCCAUUCUGUAGUGUAUAAUACAAAGUGCUGGGGUUCUUGUCCUUUUAUGUACAUGGUUCUAUACACAUGCUGUAGUCCUUCCGGCGUAAGACCUGUCUUCACAUCUUCAGGGAGGGAGAGAGAGAGAAUAAAGCAUUGGUGUGCUGAGUCCUCAACAGACACACUUCCCAUUAUUGAUUGGUAUGGGGUCCUGUUACUUGCCCCCCUGGUGUGAUUCUCCAUGUUGGUAUGAGAUGUGUAAUUGGCGUAGAAACAUCCAUAAGAGCGAUAGAUGGUCAUUGUAGGUAUCUGGAUGUGUCAGAUAAGUAUAUUUCAGGUGAUGGCAGAAUAGUAAUGGUCAAGGUAAUUUCCACUGAUCCCAGGUCAGUUACUGGCCAUACUGUAAUCAUUUUCUCCUUCCUGCUCCAUGACUGUUUGUUUAGUGCAUCAUAUAUGGCUCUCAUAGUGAUGAGAACUGGCUAUUAAUUUCUCAAGAAAUGUGACACACCAACAAACCAGCUAUUUACAGAGUUCCAUGAAGUGCUUUGACAUGCAGCCCAACCAUUUUAUUUAGCAAAACAUUGCAUUACUCAGCAGAUAUGUGAUGGAUGGUUUAUAGCCAAAACGUUUUAGUAGACUAAACCUGAAGGUUGAAGGCUAGAGGUAAAUGUCUGUGAUAAUUACAUAUUGUUAAUACUUAUAUUUUUGCUCGCAGUUUCUUACAUUUUACACAUCUGUUGAAAUAUCCACAUUGCAUAUAAGUGCCCUGUUCAAUGAUACAACAGCAGUCUGUUUAACCUACCUGCUAAACUGAAGCAUCCCUUUGUUUUGGAGUGUAUCUAAAUAAAUGUGCUGUUCACCA